AUGAACAACCACCAGCCACAAUCGGACGAGCCCGAAGCUCAAAAAAAUAGCGGCAUAUGGCGCAUUCAUUGGCGGUCUCCGACAUCGAUGAUCGGCUUGUUCGUAGGGGCUACUUGCGCCGCCGUUGCUCACCACUUGUACUAUGAUAGCAUAAACGGGGCAGAAGUUGUCAUUGUACGAAACGAAUGGACUCUACAAGCUGUGCGCGAUAGCCAAGAAUGGAAACUGCGAUUCGGGGCAGGACUCGCAUUCCUGGCCAAGGCCAUGUUCGCUGCCUCCGUCAUUGUUGCUUAUGAACAGCGUGCUUGGCUCACGGCUAGAAACAAGGCUGUUACGGUUUCUGGCCUAGACGCAAUGUUUUCAGCAGCUCAGAACCCGCUGAGUUUCUUUAGCCUGGACUUUUUGCGUAAAGCUAAAGCGGGAGCUAUCAUGGCUCUCCUUGUAUGGUGUAUUCCACUUGCAGCCGUCAUCACUCCUGGCACGCUCAUAGUGGUACCUACAACUCUAUCAACUUCCAAGUCUUUCCCCGUUCCUGCCGUCAACUUCUCUCAGGUUCAGCCUCUGUACGACUAUUAUUCCAGUGUCGUUGGAAACGAUGGUCAAUCAACUAGUAAUGGAAUCACUCCAUACUUAUCACGUCUUAUUUCGUCAACAGCCACCUCAUCACAAAUCUUGCCGAUGAAUAUUGCUCUUGCUAACUCGACAUAUAAUUUAACCUUCCACGGCCCGUCUUUCCGCUGCCGAGAGCCUACAAAUUAUACAAUUCCUCUGCAAAAUGUGUCAUCCUUGGAGGGUUAUUCACAAUACAACCAUGGCAGGCUCUGGGUUUGGGCUCAAAACAUAACGUAUGAUUGUGUUUUAACCGACACCGAAUACAGCACGCGCUUCUUCUAUUCUGCAUCCGAGCAAGUGCAGCGUAUUGAUCCCGAAUACGGCUUUAAGUGGACUGAAGAAGAUUUAUAUGGCAAUUAUUUUUACGUUGCCGAUGCACUUUCAACUCUGCUUGGAGGAGCUGUGCGCGUCUUUUUGAAAGGCGUUAUGUCAUAUAAAACACGCGUUGCAGACACAGCCGUCUUUGGUGCUCUCAAGGUUGACUCAACGGACAAUCCUAGUUCUGGCCUCUUGCCCAAAUCGCUAGCACCGGAGGCUAGAGCUUUGGCCCGGAACAAGACUGUGGGCGAGCUCAUAGAGGAGCUUUCGCGAAACAUCACGUUGAGUUUGUUCAGUGCCGAUCAGAUACUAUACCAGAACGACACAAUGGUCAAAAUUUCCUCUGAUGUCAACGUCUACUCAUAUAACCGAAGAGUUCUCAUCAUCACAUAUGUCGUCGUCUUUUCUGGCACGUUGAUUGCGUUGCUCAUCGGAGGCGCUGCUUAUUUCCAAAACGGCGUUAGCCACCAAGUGUCCUUUUCAGCAUUCAUGUCAACAACGAGAAACUAUCGGUUAGACGAGUUAACAGCUGGAAGCUCUAUGGGUGCUAUGCCUCUAAGGGAUUCUAUUCAGUCAACUAAACUUCAAUUGGGGUUCCUGCGGAAUGUUGAUGAAGAGGUCGGCGAGGAAGAAGCAAUGCGAAGGGUGGGAUUUGGCCUCUCGGAUCAGAUUGUGCCGCUGCAAAAAGGAGUUCCUUAUUAUUAG